AUGGAGCUGAAUAAGAGUUGGAUUAACAUAUCGAACAGGCUAGAUCCUCGAUACGAACAAGGAAUUCAGGAGUUCAUUCAGUUUGCCUAUAGACAUAAGUCUCCUGGGGCAAGCAUAUAUUGUCCGUGUAUUAAAUGUGUUAACAGAUAUUUUCAUAAACGAGAUGUUGUGGAGGAACACCUCAUUCUGAAUGGGUUUGACACUAAUUACAUAAUAUGGACGGUUCAUGGAGAGUUAUAUGUGCCUCAUCAUAGUCGAGAAGAAUUUCAAGAUCAGGAAUGUAAUAUUGGAGAUGAUAUGGUGGGAAUGAUACAUGAUGCACAUGGAGUUCCCAUAAACAAUGUUGGAAGUAGUGAAGAAGCUACGAGAUUUUAUGAAUUGUUGGAGAAGGCAGAAACAGAGUUAUGGCCUGGUUGUAAGAACUUUACGACAUUAUCGUUUAUUGUUCGUUUACAACACUUGAAGGUAUUGGGUGGGUUGUCGGAUAAAAUAUUUGAUAUGUUGCUUGAGUUGUUGAAUGAGGCAUUUCCAGAAGGAGUGUCAUUGCCACGAUCAUAUCGAGAGGCUAAGAAAUUGAGUGAGGAUUUAGGUUUUAAGUACUAUAAGUACGAUGCAUGCCCUAACAAUUGUAUGCUCUUUUGGAAAGAUGCAUCAAAGUUGGACAGAUGUACUUUUUGUGGGGAGUCAAGGUACAAAGAAUACGAGGUGCACGUAGACGACGAUAUAACGAAGAUGAAAAAAGUCGCUUCUAAACAAGUACGACACUUUCCUUUGAUCUCGAGACUGCAAAGAUUGUUUAUGUCUAACAAAACAGCAUCGUUAAUGAGGUGGCAUGAAGAAGGUAGAACAAAGGAUGGUAUAAUGAGGCACCCUGCUGAUUCAUUGGCUUGGCAAUCUUUUGAUGAACAACAUCCGAAAUUCGCUGAAGAUAGUCGCAAUGUUAGACUUGGGUUGGCUUCUGAUGGGUUUAAUCCGUUUCGAACAAUGACCAUUAGCUAUAGCAUUUGGCCAGUUGUGUUAAUGCCAUAUAAUCUACCACCUUGGUUGUGUAUGAAACAACCUUACUUCAUCUUGUCUUUAUUGAUUGAUGGACCUCGUGCACCAGGAGACAAUAUUGAUGUGUUUCUGCAACCAUUGAUUCAAGAGUUACAAGAAUUAUGGAGCGAGGGGAUAGAAACUUAUGAUGCUUCAAGAAAAGAAAUGUUUCACAUGCAUGCAGCAUUGUUGUGGACGAUUAAUGAUUUUCCUGCGUAUGCUAAUUUAUCUGGAUGGAGUACUCGAGGAAGAGUUGCUUGUCCUUGUUGCAUGAAAGAGACGGAGUCCAAAUGGUUAAAACAUGGUGGUAAGUUUUGUUAUAUGGGUCACCGUAGAUUCUUGGAGGACAUGAGUCAUCAUUUUCGGUUAGACAAGAAGAAUUUUGAUGGAACCAUUGAGAACCGUGUUGCUCCUCCUCAGUUAUCUGGCCACAAUGUAUUCAAAGAUGUUGAAUUUGUUAAGAAGAUGUAUGGAAAUCGUGAGAAUUCUGGCGCUAGUGUUGGGAGAGGAAUGGGUGGUUGGAAAAAACAUAGUAUAUUCUUUGAGCUUCCAUAUUGGCAAGACAAUUUGAUCCGACAUAAUCUCGACGUCAUGCACAUUGAGAAAAAUGUUUGUGACAACAUAAUUUGGACGUUAUUAAAUGUUUCAGGUAAAACAAAGGACAACUUGAAAGCACGUCUUGAUUUGAAAGAACUAGGGAUAAGAAAAAAGUUACAUCCUGAAGAUCGUUUGGGUGGGAAGAAGUUCUUAUUGACAUUGAAAAAGUAUGUAAGAACUAGAAGUCAUCCAGAAGGAUCUAUUGCUGAAGGUUAUUUGGCAGAAGAGUGUUUGACUUUUUGUGCAAGGUACUUGGAUGAUGUGGAAACAAAGUUUAAUAGGCCGGUUUAUGAAUUGCAAGUAAGUGGUCACAAUGUACCCAAUGAAGUGAAAACAUUAGCUGCUGGGCCUCACUCAUGGGCAUGGAAGUAUUCUGGGUACAUCGUAAAUGGAUUCAAAUUCCACGCGAGGCGUCGAGAAAGGAGAAGAAUGACUCAAAACAGUGGAGUAUUACUAACUGCAAAUACUGAAAGUUAUGCUAGUUCAAAAGAUAAACGUCCUAUCAGUGGUGAUGUUACCUUUUAUGGAGUCCUAACAGAUGUUGUUGAGAUACGAUACUCUAACGAAUUCAAAUUUGUUUUGUUUAAGUGUGAUUGGGUUGACAAUAACAGAGGGAUGAAGGUUGACAGUUUGAAUUUCAUAACUGUAAAUUUUAAUUGUUUAAUGUAUCAAGAGAAUAAACCAACAGACGAACCUUUUAUACUUGCAACUCAAGCAUCACAAGUGUGGUAUGUGGCUGAUCCUCUUGAUGAAGAAUGGCACGUUGUCAUGAAGAUGACACCUAGAGAUUUGUAUAACAUGGGUAAAAGAAAUGUGACAGGGAGUUGUGAUGAGGAAUAUGCUUUAAUUAGUAAUCAUGUUGAAAUCAACAAUGAUCAGUCCUUACAUGCAGAGUUAGGAGAAUCUGAUGAAGACUACUCUUCUGGAGAAUCUGAUGAGGAUGGUAUGCUAGUUGAUAUAUCAGAUGACGACGACAAUUCCAUUCCUUAUACUGCACAUAGUGAUGAUAAUGAUUUCUAA